CUUCCUUCCCCUACUCAUUUUCUGUUUGUUUCUCGGGAAAAUUAAUCCCCUAAACCUGCACCUGCACCUCCCUCUCCCUCGUAUGAGGAUCAGGAAACGCCAGCUCUCAUUACCCUUCUCCUCUCUCCCUCUUUCCUCAGAUUCAGAUCCCCUCCCCCCGGUGCAACUCCCAUGCGCCGCCCCCCACGGCGACGAUCCAUCUCCCCCGCCGCCCCACCACAACACUGCUCCCAAGUUGCCGAUGACAUUGGAAGAAGUCGAUGGUGAUGAGGAAGAAACCAGGGAGAUCGCAAGAGUGUUUGGUGCAGAAACUAGCUAUGGCGUUGUCCCUCAACAAUCCACCUCUUCCCCUCCAGGAGUGGUGGGGAAGUGGUGCGAGAGGGAGAAGGCAUUUCCAUUAAAGAAGAGACGAGGGAGCUUCGAGAGGCCAACGGAAUUAGAUGACAACAAAGAAGAAAUCACGACGGCCAACUCGCCGGAGAUGAUAAUCAACAAGAACAACAUGAAGGCGACGAAGAUGAACAAGAAAUACGCCACCACGUCAUCGCCGCCGCAGCAGAAGCAAGAACCCGAGGAAUCCAAGGUGGGUCCGGAGCUCGCCGUCGCCGGGAAGAAGCGGUCGAGAGGCGGCGCGUUAAUGGAGGGAUCUCGGUGCAGCCGCGUCAACGGCAGAGGAUGGCGCUGCUGCCAGCAGACGCUCGUCGGCUACUCCCUCUGCGAACAUCACUUGGGAAAAGGACGCCUCCGCAGCAUCAAUACCGUCCGCCGCCGCUCCGCCGCCGCGCCCAAGAAGGAGCAGCCCCUCCCGCCGCCGCCGUUGACGCCGGCCAGUAAGAAGAGAUCAGUGAAGCUGGGUGUGGUCAAAGCCAGGUCCAUAAGUAGCUUGCUCGGUCAAACUGACAACGUCAUGGCGGCGCCGCUGUAUCCGCUGCCUCAUGACGACGACGUAUAAUGAGUAGCCUCAAUUAAACCAUUACAUAUAUAUAUAAUAUAGUGAUUUUUAUGUGAUAAAUUCAGGAAAUUCAUUGAAGCAAUCUUUAUUAGAAACAAAACAUCCCAUUUUUCUUUUCUUUUCGGAUUUUCGAAUGAUUGGACAUGAUUAUACACAUACAUGUGGUUGAUAUGAUAUGAUAUAAGGUGUGCAUUAUUU